AGCCAAGUCCUCCACACCAAAACUCAAUUGCCUUCACAUUCCUCACAACCCUAGCUACAUUUUCGAGUGAAACCUUUCUCUCAAAAUUUAGCAUUGUGUCCAAAUUUAGUCUUUUUCCUAUACUACAUUUCAAAAUUUUGCAUUAAUUGGCAAUGGAGAGAGUGACAACUUUGGCAUCAGAGAGACCUGUGGUGAUCUUCAGCAAGAGCUCUUGUUGUAUGUGCCACUCGAUCAAGACCCUCCUCAAUGAUUUUGGGGUGAACCCAACUGUGUAUGAGCUUGAUGAGAUUCAAAGAGGGAGGGACAUUGAGCAAGCUCUUUCAAGGCUUGGUUGUAGCCCAAGUGUCCCAGCUGUGUUCAUUGGAGGUGAACUUGUGGGGGGAGCCAAUGAGGUCAUGAGUCUUCACCUUAAGAGGUCCUUAAUCCCAAUGCUUAGACGUGCUGGGGCAAUAUGGGUUUGAUUAACAUAGCUUAUAACAUCAUCAGGCGCUAAUAAAUGUUGUGGCUAUAACACAAUAAUAUAUGCAUGAGAAAUAGCCGUCAGAUGUAUUAAACCUAUAGAGUGAGAGCUUACUAUAAAGUCUACUACGUACGUGUACUCUAAGCUUUUUGUAAUAAUGUAAUGUUAUGCUUUUUGCUAA